AUGCUGGGGAACCUAUCCCUGGCAGAGAACAGCCUGGCCUCUGAUGGGUCCACCCUGACCAACUUGGUCUUGGAGACAGUCAGCAUCCACUUCACAGCCAUGCAGCCCUUCCUGUCCCAAUUCCUUGUGCCUGGUUCUGCUGCCUUUGCCCUGCUGGAAGAGCAGACCCUCCAACAGGUGAGACAUGUGCUGGCUAGUACCCCGUGACCCUGCAGUCUUCCUUUUACUUGCCACAGUAAUGCAGACGAGUGGGUGGAUGUUUACGUCGAAUACAAGUUCCCGGCCCUUGUCCCCACCCACCUCCGAGGCCUGGCCAAUCACCUAGUCCGGAAUGUGCUGGACCCCACCCUCCAGAAAUGCAGCAUCGUGGCCAAUGGAGAAAAGGCACAGCUGCUGCUGUAUGAGGUGUGGCUGCAGAUCCUGGGGCGACCCUUCACCAAGGCUUUGAAGGACAAAACCAGCACUGAGUUCCAGGAGCUUUGGGGCCAGCUGACAAGAGGGCUGACCACCAUCCUCAGGCAUCUGCAGAACUGGGGCCAAGUAGUGGUGGAGGACUUUCAGACUGCGUGCCAGGGUCUGCACACCCUGUGGGCGGCUGAGGGCCUCUCAGUAGAGAUGGUCAUUGCAGACCUCGGCACCCCCAGCUCUGGAGCCUCAGGUCAGCCUAGCACCUCCAUCCCCAGCUAUGCUGUGGUUGUCAUCAUGCUGAGCCUCCUGCUCAUCACACUUGCCCUCAUCCUGAUGAGUGUGCUGAAGUGGCGGGCCUGCUGCAGGGUGUUCAGCCUGGAGGACUGGAAGCCCCACCCCCAGAGUAGCAGUGAAGCACAGGGACCCUCUCCAGACUGGUGA